UGUUUCGCGCGUCCUUAGAUUUCGCGACCCUAGGCACCUCUUGGGUUUUGAGGGGCGGCCGGCUGAGGGAUGAGUUCUGAGGGUGGCCCCUCGGCCGGACUUCGUGCAGGGCUGGCCCCGCACCCCUGAGAAGGCCUGUCCGCUGAGGAGCGGGGCUUCUCUGCUGCCGCUGCCCUCUCCGCCUUGAGAGCUCUCCCGGGGAUCCCUUCGAUUUCCCUGGGGUCUGGAGUCCGAGGGGCGUGCUCGGCAGCCCUCCCUCUAAGUGUCUUCAGCCUGUGCCGCGAGCCGCCUCCAGGACCUCGCCAGGCGUGCGGGGCAGGGCAAGCACCCCGCGUGUAGACCAUAUCCCUUCGUCCCAAUGCCCAGGCGAGAAGAGUUGAGUGGGUGUUGGUGGUUGGAGCUCUGGAGGUGUCCCCCGGUGGCGAUCGUGGAAAGAACACUGGUCACUGUUAAGUUUUCUGUCCGCACGCUGCAAGGCCCUGUGUGAGUCUGGUAUAAUUUUGCCUCCCAAGAUCCUGUCUUAGCAAGAAGGAAGUGGAAAAUAAUCUUGGAAAGAAAACUAAGACAAUAAGAAAGCUAGAACUUAUUUUCACAUGGUUGUUAGCUUACCUACCAAUAUGGAUGCUCUUCCCACCAUUUGUCCUCCUGGUGGAGACAGUGGGCUGUCAAAUUCUCACUCUGAGUUACAAAAAAUGUUAAUUGAUGAAAGGUUACGAUGUGAACAUCAUAAAAUUAAUUAUCGGACUCUGAAAGGUGAACACACAAGGUUGCAAGAUGAGUAUACAAAGACACAAAAUGAACUCAAGCACCUGUUAAAUGAAAAGCAAACUAAUCAGGAAAAAAUGCAGUUGCUGUUUGAAGAGCUAAAAGGGGAAUUAUUAGAGAAAACUAAAGACUUAGAAGAAAUAAAGCUGCAGGUAUUAACUCCACAAAACUUGGAAUUGUUAAGAGCCCAAAUACAACAAGAAUUGGAAACUCCAAUGAGAGAGCGUUUUAGGAGUCUGGAUGAAGAAGUUGAAAAGUAUAGAGCUGAAUAUAAUAAGCUACGCUAUGAACAUACAUUUCUCAAAUCAGAAUUUGAACACCAGAAAGAAGAAUUUGCACGUAUUUUAGAAGGAGAAAAAAUAAAAUAUGAAUUAGAGAUUGCAAGACUGGAGAAAGAUAAAGAAGAUCUACAUAAUCAGCUGAUUAGUGUUGAUCCCACAAGAGACAGCAAACGAGUGGAGCAACUUAUACGAGAAAAAGGCCAUUUGUAUCAGAAAAUAAAAAAUUUAGAUGCUGAGGUAGCAGAAUUAAGGGCUGAAAAAGAGAAUUCUGGCACUCAGGUGGAAAAUCUCCAAAGAAUUCAGGUGCGGCAGUUGGCUGAGAUGCAGGCUACAGUCCGAUCCCUGGAGGCUGAAAAACAGUCAGUUAAACUACAGGCUGAACGCUUAGAAAAAGAGCUACAAUCAAGCAAUGAACAAAAUACUAUUUUAACCAGUAAAUUGCAUAAAGCUGAACGGGAAAUAAAUACAUUGACCAAUAAAGUAAAAGAACUUAAACAUUCAAACAAACUAGAAAUAACAGACAUCAAACUGGAAACAGCAAGAGCUAAGAGUGAGCUAGAAAGAGAAAAAAAUAAGAUUCAAAGUGAACUGGAUGGAUUACAGUCAGAUAAUGAAAUUCUCAAAUCAGCUGUUGAACACCACAAAAUGCUCUUAGUAGAAAAGGAUCGUGAAUUAAUACGUAAAGUACAAGCUGCCAAGGAAGAAGGUUAUCAGAAAGUUGUGGAAUUACAAGAUGAAAAGCUAGAACUCGAGAACAGAUUAGCGGAUUUAGAGAAAAUGAGAGUGGAAUAUGAUGUCUGGAGGCAGUCCGAGAAGGAUCAGUGUGAAGAGAAAUUGCGGGCUUCACAGAUGGCAGAAGAGUCGGCCAGAAGGGAACUUCAAAGUAUUAGGUUAAAACUUCAACAGCAAAUUGUGAAUACUGAAAAUGCAGAAAAAGAGAAAAAUGAAAAUUCUGAACUGAAACAGCAAAUCAGUAGUUUGCAGAUCCAAGUGACCUCACUUACACAAUCAGAGAAUGAAUUGCUGAAUUCAAAUCAAAUACUGAAGGAAAUGGUGGAGCGGUUAAAACAGGAAUGCCGAAAUUUAAGAAGCCAAACUGAAAAAGCACAACUAGAAGUUGAAAAGACAUUGGAAGAGAAACAGAUACAAUGGCUGGAAGAAAAGCAUAAGCUUCAUGAACGUAUUACGGACAGAGAAGAGAAGUACAAUCAGGCCAAAGAGAAACUGCAGCGGGCUGCGACAGCGCAGAAAAAGAGAAAAUCUCUUCAUGAAAACAAGUUGAAGAGACUGCAGGAGAAAAUAGAAGUCUUGGAAGCAAAGAAAGAAGAAUUGGAAACAGAAAAUCAGGUGUUAAAUAGACAAAAUGUUCCAUUUGAAGAAUAUACAAGGCUUCGAAAAAGACUAAAGGAUAUACAGAGAAGACAUAAUGAAUUUCGAAGUUUAAUUUUGGUUCCCAACAUACCUCCAACAGCAUCUGCCAAUCCUGCCAGCUUUCAGUCAUCGGCCCUGGUCCCAGGCAUGGAACUGGCCUUUCCUCCCCAUAUGCAGGAGGAACAGCAUCAAAGGGAACUCUCUCUACUUCGGAAACGACUAGAAGAACUAGAAACAACACAAAGAAAACAACUAGAGGAACUCGGGUCAUCUGGGGAAUGAUGUUUUUUGGAGAAAAGGCAGAUCAAAAGGAAUGAAAUCAGUGACUCAAUAAAGCUUGAAGUUUUAACCCAUGUGGCAUUUACAUACUUUAUUACUGUUGGCCAAACCCUUGUGUUUACCUCAAGAAAAGGUAACAGCUGUACGCUGUAUUGCGUGCAUGUCAGGAUUUUAGAAUUACACUAACGACAAGUGAAGCAUUAACACAGCUUCAGAGACAUUUAAAGCAUUUAUUGACAGCCCUUUGAAAAUGUUAAAAAUAAAAGGAACACAUUUACUUAGGGAAUCCAAUUUUAAAAUUAUUUUAUUAAUUUUAUUUGGUUGAAUUUUGGGGGCAUCUUGCCUGAAAUAUGCCCUUGUCGAACGAAGUCCUUCUUCCUCUUCGAGAUGCUUGGCAAAAAUGGGGUCAGGAAACAUUUUCCAGUUUACUGUACAAGAGUUACAAACCUCUAGUUCUUG